ACUCUAUGGUCGUGCUCAUAUAUUCAUAUGUCAAGUGAUUGUUUUGAAUCGUUUACUAACACGUGUGUGGUAAGAUGAGUUGCACCAAUUUUUGCAGAAAUAUUAUGAAGGAAGGUCGGAUGUUAAGCAAGUAUUUAAGAAUCACCGUCGUUAAACGUAGUUAUUCAAAAGCAGCGAGCACAUUUUCAGAGGGUAAUGAGAAUACGACACAUUUCGGUUUCCAAACAGUCGAGACGAGUGAAAAGACGAAGAAAGAAAAAUUGUAUGAUGUAUUUGAGAAUGUUGCCAAUUCUUAUGAUAAAAUGAAUGAUGCAAUGAGUAUGGGUAUUCAUCGUGUUUGGAAGGAUAUUUUUAUACAAGAAUUAGGCCCGACCCAUGGUACCCAUCUCUUAGAUUCCGCCGGUGGCACAGGCGACAUUACAUUCCGGUAUAUAAAUUUUCUAAAGAACACACCGAAUCCACAUAAUAUAUGUAGCUGUGUAACUGUGUGUGAUAUAAACCAACAUAUGCUAGAUGUUGGAAAAAAGCGGGCAAGUAGGUUGAAUUUAUUGCAGGACAAUUGUGAUGUUAACUGGAAGCAGGAGAACGCGGAAAAUCUUUCCUUCGAAGAGGAAUCAUUUACAGCCUAUACAAUAGCAUUUGGAAUAAGGAAUGUGACACAUAUCGAUAAGGUACUGUCUGAGGCGUAUAGAGUCUUACAGCCAGGAGGGAGAUUUUUAUGUCUGGAAUUUAGCCAUGUCAACAAUAAAACCUUAAAAUGGUUAUAUGAUCAAUAUUCCUUUCAAAUCAUACCUGUGAUGGGACAAUUGAUUGCAGGACAAUGGAAACCUUAUCAAUAUUUAGUAGAAAGCAUAAGGAGAUUUCCAAAUCAAGAGGAUUUUAAGUAUAUGAUCGAGACUGCAGGAUUUAGAAACGUGACUUAUAGAAAUCUCACGUUUGGUACGGUAGCUAUCCACUCGGGAUUUAAAUUAUAAACAAGAUUUGAAUAUAGUUUGGUGCUAAAGUACAAAUGAGAUAAGUAGUAAAAUUUUUCUCCUUAAUAAGUAUUACUCAUUUUUCUGUUACGAAAAUUGUAUAUUUUUCAUCAUUAUAAAAUUGUCCUAAGUAAUAAAUUAUAUAAAUAUUCGCGUCAUGA